AUGGUAGAAAGCCACAUUUUGCAAUGCCAGUUCCUUUGCUAAAAAGCCCUGACACCGUGCAAGUCGGGGUCCUCAACUGCGAUGUAGAAGAGCGAGAUGAUGCCAAGAAGGAAAGCUUCUCUUUGCUGUGGGAAGAUCUGACUCUGGAAGAGAGACGGCAGGAGAGGACCACACUGCUGGAGUGGAACAGUGCCUGUCGUGAGAGGUAUGAAACACAGCAUCAAGACACUUUCCUUGUACAGCGAUCUCCUACAAUGAAGAUACAAAUGGGAAGGCCUGGGAAAAAAUUGAAAAUGUAUCACCUUCCCUACAAGAAUGUGCUCCCAGUACCUUUGUUUAUACCGAGCAAACUACCGAGUAAGCAUCAGUACGCACCCCAAGAACGCAAGUUCAGAACCGAAAUCUUUGUGAAUACCCCCACUGCCAGGGAAAGAAAGGUCUAA